GAUGGAACGGGCGCGGCCCGGGGAGUUUUGUCCGCCCGCGGCCACCGUAGGGGAACCCGGAAGUGUCUCCAUGGAAACGGGAGGGGCCUGGGCCUGCAGGGGGAGCGAUGGAGAAAUACGAACGGAUCCGGGUGGUGGGGAGAGGGGCCUUCGGCAUCGUCCACCUGUGCCUGCGCAAGGCCGACCAGAAGCUGGUCAUCCUGAAGCAGAUCCCCGUGGAGCAGAUGAGCAAGGACGAGCGGCUGGCGGCGCAGAACGAGUGCCAGGUGCUCAAGCUGCUCAGCCACCCCAACGUCAUCGAGUACUACGAGAACUUCCUGGAGGACAAGGCCCUCAUGAUCGCCAUGGAGUACGCCCCAGGGGGCACGCUGGCGGAGUUUAUUCACAAGCGCUGCAACUCCUUGCUGGAUGAGGACACCAUCCUGCACUUCUUCGUGCAGAUCCUCCUGGCUCUUCACCACGUGCACACCAAGCAGAUCCUGCACCGCGACCUGAAGACGCAGAACAUCCUCUUGGACAAGCACCGCAUGAUUGUCAAGAUCGGGGACUUCGGCAUCUCCAAAAUCCUGAGCAGCAAGAGCAAAGCCUACACGGUUGUGGGAACUCCGUGCUACAUCUCCCCAGAGCUCUGCGAAGGGAAGCCUUACAACCAGAAGAGCGAUAUCUGGGCUUUGGGCUGUGUGCUGUACGAACUUGCCAGCCUCAAGAGAGCGUUUGAAGCUGCGAAUCUCCCUGCCUUAGUGUUGAAGAUCAUGAGCGGGACGUUUGCCCCAAUAUCGGAUAGGUACAGCCCCGACCUGCGCCAGCUCAUCCUCAGCAUGCUGAACCUGGACCCUUCCAAGCGGCCCCAGCUGAAUGAGAUCAUGGCCCAGGCCAUCUGCAUCCGCCCCCUCCUCAACCUCUACACCGACGUGGGCAGCGUUAAAAUGAGAAGGCCUGAAAAGCCCUUGGCUCCGGUUCCAACAGUGACCCACGGCCGGACGGGGGGACGAGUGAGCAGCGCCAGGCCGAGGGGCGUUCGAGGUGGCUCAGCCAGGACGGGAAUCCCUCCUCCCCUGUCGUCCAUCUACACCUGGGGGAGCGGCAUCACCACCCCGCUCCGCCUGCCCAUGCUCAACACCGAAGUGGUGCAGGUGUCUGCUGGCAGGACGCAGAAGGCCGGGGUCACCAAAUCGGGGCGCCUCAUCAUGUGGGAGGCUCCCCCGAUGGGUGCUGCGGGAGGCCCCUCUCUGCCAGGAGCCACCGAGCAGCUGCAGCCUCAGUUUGUGUCCCGUUUUCUGGAGGGCCAGUCUGGCGUGACCAUCAAACACGUGUCCUGCGGCGAUCUCUUCACUGCCUGUCUCACAGACCGGGGGAUAAUCAUGACUUUCGGCAGCGGCAGCAACGGCUGUUUGGGGCACGGAAACUUCACGGACGUCAGCCAGCCCAAGAUCGUGGAGGCCCUGCUGGGCUACGAGAUGGUGCAGGUGGCCUGUGGCGCGUCCCACGUCCUGGCAGUUUCCAACGAACGGGAAGUGUUUGCCUGGGGCAGGGGGGAUAAUGGUCGGCUUGGGCUGGGCACCCUGGAGUGCCACAACUCCCCCCAGCAGGUAGCAGUCCCACCAGAGCACGAGGCUCAGCGGGUUAUCUGUGGCAUCGAUUCCUCCAUGGUCCUCACAGUGAAGAACCAGAUUCUUGCUUGCGGGAGCAACAGGUGUAACAAGCUGGGCCUGGACCAGAUCAGAUCAGUGGAAGAACCUUCCCCAGAGGACCAGGUGGAAGAGGCCACUGUGUUCACGUGUGCCCAGUCAGCCCCCUUGAACCAAGAGCCGAUUGUGUGUGCCGACAUCGGUACGGCGCACUCCGCUGCGGUCACAGCUUCUGGCCAGUGUUACACCUUUGGGAGCAACCAGCACGGGCAGCUGGGCACCAGCUCGUGCCGCAACAGUCGCGUGCCCCACCUGGUCGUGGGGCUCCAGGCCAUGAAGAUCACCGUGGUGGCUUGUGGGGACGCCUUCACCGUGGCCAUCGGAGCAGGUGAGGCUGAAGUCCCCGCGUGCUGGGCUGCAGCAGGCCCUGACUUUCCAGUGCCUGGAGUCCACGUUGCCGGUCGAGGCAGGAGAAAGCUCCGGGUGGACGGGAGGCUGUUCCCUGGUGAAGGCCACCGGGAGCCCUGCGUGCAGCCAGGUCUGUCCCUCUGCAGACGGCGAGGUGUGCACCUGGGGGAAAGGAGCCAGGGGACGCUUGGGCAGGAAGGACGAAGAAACAGGAGCGCCGAGGCCUGUGCAGCUGGAGGAGACGCAUCCGUACCUGGUGACCUCCGUAGCCUGCUGCCACGGGAACACGCUGCUGGCCGUAAAGCCUGCCGUGGAAGAGUCACCUCCUCAGUGAGCUGGAGGCGAGCGGGGCAGCAUCCAGCCUCACCGUGCGGGUGCAGGGGCUCCGUGUAGCGUGCCUGUCCUCUCGCUGGACCCGUGUCCCUGCGCCCAGAAGGGAGCAGCAGCGACAGGGAGCUCCUGACGACGGUUCCCACAGAACCAGAGCUGGUCUCGCAUCGCGUCAACGAGGGUCGUUGUGAACCUGAAGUGCCUGAGAGCCGCUGCACUGGACCUGCCGUGGGGCAGACAUCCCCAGUGCUGGCGCUGCGUUCGGUGGGUCACACUGGGGCUCUUCUCCACCCUGUUGGAAGUGCCUGUGGAAGCAGAAGGGCUCUCCUCUGCUGCUGGUGAGCACAGAGGUUGUUUUCCCCUGUGGAAACUGUCUCUGGUUACAAAGCCCAGGCUGACAGCUUGGUGUCUGAGAGAACUGUCAGCCUUUGCACAGCAGUGUCUGGAGUUACAGCCCCAGGCGCUACACUGGGUGACUAAGUGCAAACCUCUUUU